AUCUAGAAGCCCAUGAGAAAGGGUAUCUCGAUUAUUUUUCGAUAAUGGUUUAGUUGUUUUGUUUGUUAGAGUGUUGUUGUUCGGUUGUUUAUUGUUUUAUUAUAUUUUUUUUUUGUUGGAUUUUUCUUUUGAGUUUUCAUGGAGAGCGAACUGGAAAAUGGAAAAGGUUCUGAAGGCGGAAGUGCCAGCCAAGUAGGGUCAGAAGCAAGUUUCGGUCUAAGAAGGGGAAAAUGCAAAUGGUUCAAUGUUGCCAAGGGAUGGGGAUUCAUCACGCCAGACGACGGUGGUCAAGAUGUUUUUGUGCAUCAGAGUGUUAUCCAAAUGAGCGGUUUUCGAUCGUUAGGAGACGAAGAAGAGGUGGAAUUUGAAUGCCAAAUAUCAGACAAAGGACUGGAAGCAACUAAAGUUACAGGACCCCAAAACGUAGACUGCAGGGGAUCACAUAGAAGGCCGGUUUCGAAAAAGCGCUUUAGGAAAAUACGAUGUUACAACUGUGGCGAAUUCGCCAAUCAUAUAGCAGCCAAAUGUCAACUGGGCCCACAGCCGAAGCGCUGUCACAACUGCAAAAGUGAAGAUCACUUGAUAGCCGAUUGUCCCACGAGGGUGGAACGGCUGCCCAAAUCCGGAGGCGGCACUGACGGCGACACCUCCGGAGGCGAGCAGAACGGAAACGGCAGCACGCCACCGGCAUCUGGGUCGAGCGAUGCGGGCGGCGCCAUCUCUGGUGCUGGGGCGCAAGCGACGGAAUAGGAGAGCAGAGAGCGAUAGUUUCAUAAUGAUUGUGUUGAUCGAGAGGAUGGCGGCGGCGCCAUUUUUUUACCAUUUAGAGAUGAAUA